CCGAAGCCAAUUAGAUAACAAGAGAAACGCCCGAAGUUUCACGAGGACGGAGAAGGAGAAGGAGAAGGAGAAGAAGGAGAAGAAGGAGAAUGACCAAGGCGAAGAAACAGCUGCUUUCUAAAGCCCCAUGGAGAGUGGAAGAAGAUGACCAGUCGGACAAAUUCAAGGACGCGAAGCUCAGAGUCACGAGCCAACCGGGACAGACUCCGACCAUGCACGUCCCUCGCAAGAAGAACAAGCCCGGCGACGCCGACGAAGAAGACGAUUCUGCUCUUGAUCCCGAGCUCCGCUACAGCUUCCAGCGGAAUUACAAGUUCCUUCAGCGGGUAUUUAGCAUUGACACCAUUGUCAAACCUCUUCCACCUGCCAUGGCAUACAAUGUCUCCAGGAAUCUAAGCUUCUUUACACGCAUUUUCACCCAGUUCUUUGAUCCAGAGGGAAUUGCGAAUGCACAGAAAUCGCUUGGUAUAGGACAAGAAGAAAAAGCUCGCCGUGUUCGUUAAACAUACAGUGAUAGGAUGCAGCACACAAUUCUAAACCAAUCUGGCUACAUUUUGGUUUGAUCCCAGGGUACAACAGGGAUGUCAACAGUUUAUGGUGGAAAAUUGUAGUGCGAAAUAGCCCUUGAGCGUUCUGAGCUAGAUCCGCGAAAUUUUUGUAAUAGACAAGAAGCACAUGGAAUUUUGUACCUUUUCUGUAUGACCUGUUGACACAUACUUUUUCAAAGUUGUGAAUUCUGAAACUCUUCCAUUAUGUGCAAAA